CCACAAACAAAUUGCAUCACGAGGAUUCCAAUUGCGACUGCAGACAGCGGGGCGUCAAGAUUUCAAGAUGGUUCACAGUCACGAAUAGUCCAGAUCGAGCGAGAGUUGCACGAAUUCAUCGCCCUGCGCGACAACGUCUACAAUAUCGUGCGAUAUGCACAUCGUAAUCAUUAUUGUGAUUUCUGCAGCAAGAUGGCGGAUUUACUAGUGUUUGGUCCGAAUCCAGACGGGCUGUUCCUGGGUCUUUUCGGUAGCAACCGAGCGUCAAACAUGCUUCAGAACUUCGUCACGGGCAUCUUCCACCUCACUGUCAAGUGCUCCUCAAAUGCGAGCCAAUGUAACUGCGUGGGGCAAAGUCUCGUCCCUGAAUUCGUUCACGCAUUUCUCUUCGAUCCAACUGCAUUCACUACUGCCAACAUGUUGACCUAGUCGAUCAGUAAAAAAAAUCUCUCAAAAAGUAAAAAAAAAAUGCAAGUUAUUUCUCCUAAGUUUGUUUUUUUUUUUAAAAAAAAGGAGAAUAAAACC